CAUAACUUGUGUCGCUUGUCCCUGCAAAAAUGCAAGGUUUCACAUUCACACCCCCGACAGGCCCACCCAGGGAAGGCCAGAAAAACUAUGUAUUCGUUGAUGAACAUAACAGGCAUAAGAGGCUCAAAGUAAUGCGAGCUUGCAAUGGCUGCAGGAAACGGAAGAUCAAGUGUGAUGCUGCUACAACAAACACUUGGCCUUGUUCGGCAUGCACACGCUUGAAGUUAGUAUGCGUUCCUCCAACAAUCGGGCAUGAUGGCGAGUAUCCUGCAGCGGAAAGCGUUGAAACCAAUCCUGUCGACUCGUUGGGCGCGUCGAACACAUCAGACCCCUCGUUAUCGUCAUAUACAAGCCCCCAAACUUAUCGAGAUUCCGGACCACCUUCAAUGAGUAGCAUGCACCCAUAUAAUGACAACAUCGGGAUCUAUCCGCAAUUUGCGCAUUCUACUCCAGGUCAGCCAAAUGUCUACGACAUGAGGACGUCUCAAGUGGCCAUACCGCCACAUCAUCAAUAUACUCAGUCUCAGAUGUUCUCCAACGAUCAAACCCAGCCUCUGGGAGCCGCAGAAAGUGAUAUAUACACUGAGCACGACCAGUCCACUGCAGAGAACCUCAGCGAGGUUUUAGGGGAGCUCAAGAUAGACGAGACUGGUAUUGCGCCGUACAUUAGACAGCAACGAAGGGAGAGGGCUGAACCGGAAAUCCCGACUCAGGAUGAAGUAGACGAAAAGUUACCACCUCUCAGUACCGGAGCUGGCGCCACUAUACGCAUCCCGCCCGAACUUAUGCCAUCUGAUGACGAGGUCAUGAGUUAUUUCAAGAUAUAUUUUGAUGAUAUACAUCCUUACGUCCCUGUCAUCCAUCGAUCUCAUCUGUACUAUCAGUGGCAACACGAACGAAGCUCAAUAUCUCCGCUUCUACUCGAGGCACUAUUUGCAUGCGCAGGGAGGCUUUCGGACGACCCGGCACAAGGAGCACAGUGGCUCGCAUUAGCAAACAGGCACGAAUCUAGUUUUAUGGACGAACCUCGCCUCAGUACGAUACAAGCUCUGCUUCUACUGUUGAAGGCUCGAGAGUCACGGCCUAAGAAAGGUUAUUAUUACCGUUCUUGGCAAACUGUCAAAACAAUCAUCUCCAUGGCGAAAGAUCUGGAUAUCCAUGAACAUAACAAUCUCCACACGGAAGGCAGGUCUUGCGACCUGAAUCCUGUAGAAUGCUUGGUGCAGACACGGGUCUGGCAGGCCCUCUUAGUUGUCGAAGUCAUGAUAGGGGCGCCGCAGGGGCGCUCCGAUUAUGGUGUGGACCAUGAGACAGUGAAUAUGAGUCCGACUUUGGAUAUCAGAGGCCUUGAUCAGUUCGAAAUGGAUCGGUCAAGGCAGUAUGCAUACUUCGUCCGAAAUGCACGCCAUAUCCGCAUCAUUGCCGAUAUAUACCAUAAGAUAAAGAAACAAAAAGAUUGGGGGGCUAAUCCUAAGUUCGUUGAAAAGAACCCUCUCUUUACCGACUGGCUUCAGAGUUUACCACCGGAUCUUCAAGUCAACUAUCCUCCCGAUGGCUCACCACCUUGGAUUCCAUCACAUUUUGUCGGGAACAUGCACUCCCACUGUCAUCUUGGGAUUAUCCUAUUGCACCGUCCACAGUUAAUAGCCUCCAAAUCUUUUGCGGCAGGGGGGGGUUGGAAGAUGCAUAUGGCGUUAUGCUACUCUUCGGCAAAAUACCUUUGUAGGCUCCAAGAAGCCAUUCUGAACCGCUUUGGGCUAUCCGGCCUACUUUUCAUGCAAAGAGGCAUAAAUUUCACAAUCUACACCAUCUUGACAUGCACAAUGCUGCACCUUGUGGCCAUAACAUCUCCAGACCCAAAUUUUCACACGGACGCGCGGGAAUACUUCACACGGCACAUGCGAAUACUGGAGCGAUGUUCUUCUGCUUGGCCUAUGCCAGAGUUACAAGCGCAAAUUGAUUCAUUGCGUUUCGCCUUUUCAGCUGAUGUGAACCGACCUUUCGAUUUGAAGCCAACUUUCCCAUAUGGGAGUCCCUCCGAGCCAUAUCACCCAAGCCCGCCACUAGAUUCACAUUACGCUUCUCAAAUCAGUCAAGUACCUGGCGUUCAAAGUAGAGUGGGUUAUGCAGCUUAUCCUGUAACCCCUCCAAUAUCAGCUGGUACUGAAGAUUCAAAGUCCGAUUCCUCUCAGCUCCAGCCCUUGGGAUUGAUCCCCUCCCAAUCAAUCUCCACCCACGGAUUGAAUGCGCCUUUGGUUGAUGAAAAUAGCUGGGAUCCUACUCGCAUCAUCAAUCAAUGGGAUAUGGCAUUUUCUAUUGGUACACCCACUGUGACAACAAACUCUCCACCAAUGGCUUUGAGCAAUCCUGCCCAGGCUGUUCAACCUUCUUUGCCUGACCAUUUCCCCGUACAAUAUGAGCAGCAAUCAAAGGUUACCCCUGUCGCGCCAGCUCCCAUGCCACAAACUCAAUUCACCGGGCAACAAGUUUUGUUCACGGCGCGAGAUUGGCAACAAAGUGUAGCUAGUGUGUACGAUCCAAACGGUCUCAAACGGCGGUGGAAUUAUUCAGUCGACCUAGGAACCGAAGGCACUUCAAAGCGCCAGCGGUAACGCGUUCUAUUCAGCACAGCUGGGAGACUCGGGGCUGAAUUCAGAACGCAAGGAUCACUUCUAGAGUUCUUGGUUGCUGCGAUUCAUAGCGCCCACCACAGAGAUUCGCUCUUUCCACCUUGGCGUGUCUUCUUGGUAGCUGGUUCCUGUAGGUAUGCUGGUCAUGAUACUUUACUUCCAAAACAGACAUGCUUUCCAUGUACAAACGAUAGCUUAUGCAAAUGAGUACCACAACGCUCAAAGUUCUAGCUA